AUGGCCUGGAGGCCCCAUCGCGUACUGAAGCCCCUGGCGAUUGCAAGGAGGUCAAUGUCUAUGGCCUCAGCCCGGAGAAUGGCCAGUCCGAAUCCGCAGUGGCUUCAAUCAGUAUUCGAUGACUGUGCGGCGGCACCGAAGCUAUUCGCCUGGACGCCUGCCAAUAUUAGCUCACGAACUCAGGCUCAGUCUCAGACUCAAGCCUCCGGAAGCCUGGUCCCAUCAGCCUCAGAGAAGACUCGUCGCAUCUUUGUCCUCGGCGUCGGCAACCUCGGCGUCAAACCGGACCACGGUGUGGUCAAACACGUCGCUGACGGCGGCGCCAUCCCGAACCUCCUCGUCACCACCAAAGCAUCCGUCGCGCUGCCCGAGAUUGACCGCCUCCGCCGCUACCUUGACGAAAAUUCAGUCGUCGCAUUUGCACAGAAUGGCAUGUGCAAGCUCUGGCCCCCGCACGGGCGUGCGUAUACUUCUCACCGCUACGCGUCGCGCCCGCCGCCGAGCUGGCUCGCCUGCGUGACAACGCACGGUGUUACCUCGAGGGGUCGCUACACGAGCGAGCAUGCCUCGGUGGCAGACCUCAAGAUCGGUUCCGUUCUGCCCGGUCCGCAAGGUGGCGCAUCGUCGACAUAUCUCGCGGAGCAGCUGGCGCGAGCGCCCUUCCUUCACGGUCAACAGGUGUUGCGCGCAGACCUAUGGACUCUGCAGCUCGAGAAACUCGUUGUCAACUGCAUCAUCAAUCCUCUGACCGCUCUUUUGCGUUGCAAGAAUGGCUAUCUCUUCGAAAAACCGGACGGUCCGCUGAUGCGACUUAUCGACGUUCUACUGGCCGAGGCAAGCGCUGUUUUACAACAUGUGGUCCAACAUCCUAGCACUGAUACUAUCUUGGAUGAUGCGCGAAAUACAGCAUCGGCCAUUGAUCGUCACAUGCUCCUUGAGCGCUUCAGCCAAACACAACUCAAACGGAUGCUCCUGGUUGUGGGCCACAAGGUUCGUGACAACACUAGCUCCAUGUUGCAGGACGUCCGUGCCGGCCGCCAGACGGAGAUCCAGGAUUUCAACGGUUGGCUCGUUCACAUGGCUGCUUUUCUUGAUCCAGGCUUGGACACAUCAAACCACGAACUACUCAUAGAGCUAGUCGAGAACGGUGUCGACGUGGACGAAGCGUCGAUCGAGAGUCACUUUCCAGUCUUUAGUGGUCAAGUAUAG